AUGGGCAAGAAAGACGGUGGUGGCGCGAGGUUGCGGGGAAAACACAUGUCUAUGGGGGAGGACACGACAGACGAGGAUUCGGAGAACUCGGCGAGCGAUGAGGAGAACAGUGUCCACCUCGAAUCUGCCCUAGCACGAAUUCGCCGGGCUCAGGCAAAGGGCAAGGCCGACGUCAAGCUGACAAAGGACGAACUGGCAGCUUUCGAACGGCAUCAACGACGCCAGAAUGGCGAAGAGCGGAAGAAAAAGGAAAAGCGGAUCGCGGUGCCGCUAGGUGCUCUCGCUCAAAUCGAGGCACCUCGGAGCUCCUCUCGUGGGGAACAUUCGCGAACCCCGCGGGAACAGUCACCAGUUCCUCCGGCACGUCUUCCCAGCGGCGGGUCAACAACUGCCGCCGAGAGAGAGCAAAGCUCCUCGCCUUUUAGUUAUUCGUACGUCAAAGAUCAACCCGGCUCCAUUCGGCGUUCUCGCGAUUCUCCUUCCUACGGCGACAUAUCUCCCGGAGCCUCGGGCAGUUCUCCCCACCACGAUGUUUCACGGCAAGCUUCUUCAAGUGGAAGCGGAGUACCUGAUCCCUUCCAGUACUUGCAUCCCGCUGGUGGUACCACUCGCCCCACGUACACAGGCGACUACAGGAGUCGGACAUCAACAUCAGACAGACAUCGGACUACUAGCGAUGACUACUCGGCGGGCGAGGAGGACAGGCACAGGCAUUCAUCAAGGAUCGGCAGCAGCAGUUCCGCCGGGAGGAGCACCAGCCAUUAUGACCGAUCGGAGCGUGCGAGAGAACGACGGGUCGCUGAGGAGCAAGCAUAUGACAUCUCUUCUUCAUCGAGAAGAACGUCUGGUGGGGACCUGCCCUCAAUUGUCAAGCGGAAGGAGAUGUUGGCUGGUAGUUCUUCGAAGUCAUCAUCUUCUUCCAAGCGAAGAAGUCGUGGUUGA